UAUUUAAACAUGUUACGGACGUGCGAGGGUUACAACGAGAUCAUCUUUCCCCACUGCUCCUGCGACUCUCGGCGGAAGGGACAUGUCAUCACAGCCAUCAGCAUCAAGCACUUUAAACUCCACGCCUGCACCGAGGAGGGGCAGCUGGAGAACCAGGUAAUAGCGUUCGAAUGGGACGAAAUGCAGCGGUGGGACACGGACGAGGAGGGAAUGGCGUUCUGCUUCGAAUACGCGCGGGGAGAGAAGAAACCCCGAUGGGUUAAAAUCUUCACCCCCUAUUUCAACUACAUGCACGAGUGCUUCGAACGGGUUUUCUGCGAGCUCAAGUGGAGGAAGGAG